GCUGUAGACGCGCCCCAGCUGGAGACAUGUUCUAAGGGCAGCAGGAGACCUGCGCUGUGACAACUAUGAAAGGGUUAGGAGCCAAUCGCAGCCGUCACCUGUCGGACUCCUGUGAGCCAUCGGGGGCCCCAAAGAAGCCCCUGUACCCCUUGACCUCUGACGCCCACGGCCCCUUCCUUCUGAGCCCCACCAUGAACCACUACGGCACCCUGGACCCCCACCAACUCUACCAGGGCCCCAACCCCCAAUCCCUGCCUUCGGAGUGCCUGCUGCCCCUCAACCAGAUGUCCAACAGCAGCACCUUCCCCCGCCUCCACUUCACCUCCCAACAAGAGCAGGCUGACUACUCCCCGGACUACUCCCAGGGCUACAUGGUCCCUGCCGGGGGUGGGCCUGUGGGCAGCCGGGCGGGCACCCUGUCCACCUCCAUGUCCAUGGGCCUGGGUCUUAGAGGGGCUCCCAUGAUCACCAGUGGAUCAGUUACCAUCUCCUCUGCAGCAGCAGCCAAGAUGAACCGGCUGCCAUCUAACCUGUUGGACCAGCUGGAGAAGCACCUACCUCUGCAAAGGGAUGGCUUCAGUACCCUCCAGUUCCACCGGGGCAGGGUGGCCAAGCAGCGCAGCGAGAGUCCCGGACGCAUCCGUCACAUCAUGCACUCUGUCCAGAAGCUCUUCAACAAGUCCCAGUCGCUGGAGGGCUCGGUGGUCAAGGGCAUCAUGAACAGCACUACAGGGGGAGGUGAGGAGGGGACCAGGCAGACCCGCAGGAGUAAGAGUAAAGACAGGGCUAAGACUGAGACGCUGAAGCAGCAACCUAGCAGGCAGAAUGCACUGGGGCUCUGGCGCUCAGACAAUGCCCUGGACAGUGACACAACCGCCAAACCUGGCACUAUCGCCGUGGGCUACCGUAACCCACUUAGCAUGAUGACGCUGGGCAGGGCGGUGUCAGACAGCCAGGCUCCUCCCAGGCACCUCCCACAGGGCUACAACACCAUAUCUGCUCACACACUCAAGGCCUCCAAGAGCAGCAGCGACCUCAAGUACCUAGCCUGCCCGCAAGCGCUGGUAGGGACCAGGGGAGGGGAGCUGGUGGGAGGAGGAGGCAGGGAGAGCACCCUGGUGAAGAGAGGCUCCUGGUCCACACUGACCCUCAGCCAGGCCAGGCAGGUGCUCCAGAAGGGCUCAGCCACAGUCAACAGGAAGCUGCUCAAAACCAAUUCGUGUCACCAGGACCUGACCUGUCAGUACCUCCAGGUAGGAGGCCCAAUUCCCCUGGGGGACUGGAGCGCUACGCUGGGGGGCCGGGGCCGGCCCGGGGGUCUGGAGAUCCCCUGCCGGAGGAUGCGUAGUGGCAGCUACGUCAAGGCCAUGGGGGACGUGGACCAGGACAGCGAGGAGUCGGAGGGAAGCCCCAAACCCUCACCCAAAACAGCUGCCCGCCGCCAGAGCUACUUGAAGGCCACCCAUCAGUCCCUGAGCGAGCAGCAGCCUCCACCACCACUGCAGAACUGUCUCCCCUCCCUGAGAGAGCUCUCCACCAAUCGGAGCCUGGACAACCUGGACUGCUUGGUGAGCCCAGGAGAGCCCCCGAUGGCCAUGCGGCACUGGGAUGAUGGCAAAGACUUCCACCAGAGCUACUCUACCCUGGGCAGGGGCAUGAUGAGCAGUGGGCAGGUAUGUAAGUCCACUCUCUCUAUUACUCAGGACACUCUUCAUCAGGGGAAACAGGAUCCUUCCCACACUCUCACCAUACACCACUACCUUACUUACAGAAGCAUGCCCUGCCACCCGAGACUUGCACUGCUUUCGCCUCACAGGCGGUGGCGGGCUAGCUGUCGCCUAAGUCCCCGCCCCCAACGUGUCAACCUGCACGUGUCCUUUCAGGUGUGUGGGCAGGGCUGCGGGCGCUCGCUGUACUGCGAGGGGGAGUCCCAGGCAGUGGAGGCUCUGAACCUGCCCACACCGACGUGCUUUCGCUCCCGCAGCCACAGCUACCUGCGGGCCAUCCAGGCCGGCUGCUCCCAGGAUGAGGACACCGCCUCAGUGGACUCUGAUUCACCUCCACCCACCACCACCGGCUGCACCUACACCUCCAGCCCCACACUGCCGACGUGUGUAAACAGCUCCUGUAAGAAGGCUCCCCCGCCGGUCCCUCCGCGCACUACCUCCAAGCCCUACAUCUCUGUGACCGUGCAGAGCAGCACUGAGUCGGCCCAGGACACAUACCUGGACCAACAGGACCACCGUGGCGAGGCCAACAGCCAAUCAGGACGCAGCAGCAACUCUUCCGACAGCCUCUGCAGCCUGCGUACAGGCAGCCUGGCCAAGGGCUCAAAGCCCCCAGCCCCCGUCGCUGCCCCUGUCCCUGCCCCGAGGGACUCCCACCCACCACCCUCCUCCACCACCACCCCGUCUUUGCCCCAGGUCCAGCCCCAGAAUGACACCCUAAACCCAGGCCCCAGCCUCACCCCAGACCAGUCCCUGACCCUACCAGAGCCUGUUCCCACCAAAAGGAAGCUCUCGUCUAUCGGCAUCCAGGUGGAUUGCGUUCAGCCAAUCCAGAGAGAGGAUCAACCGCCUCCCUCGACCAAGUUCCAGUCUAUUGGAGUGCAGGUGGAGAACGGCAGGCCACUCAGCCGGGCCAGCAGCAUGGCCUCCAGACAGGAGACAGAGACAGAGCAUCAAGACUCUGAACAAGAUGUCCCUACCUCAGAAAACAACAGUACAGUCCACUGCAACAGCCAGCCACUAGACCCCGACCCCACUGCUUCCAACGGUAAGGAGUACGCAGUGGUGCGGCAGCCCCCUAAACAUCCCCCUUUCCCGGCUAGAGCAUCCGCCUCCCUCCCAGAGAGCCUGGACCCGACCUUGGAUCCCUCCUUCCUGCCUCCUCCAGACCCCAGCUUGGUGGGUGGAAACGGCAGUGCCCAGGGAGAUGCAGCUGCACCCAGCACCUGCCUCCGGGACGGCAACUGGUUUCUCAAACUUCUACAGGCUGAGACGGCACGCAUGGAAGGCUGGUGUCAACAGAUGGAGCAGGAGACCAAAGACAAGGACAUCUCAGAGGAGGUGAUGGGCACGGUCCGCAGUGCAGUGGGCAGUGCCCAACUCCUCAUAGCCCAGAAGUUCCAGCAGUUCAGAGGACUCUGUGACGAGAACCUUAAUGUGAAUGCCAACCCUCAGCCCACAGCUCAGGACCUGGCAGGGUUCUGGGACCUCCUGCAGCUCUCUGUAGAGGACAUCAGUGUCAAGUUUGAUGAGCUCUGGCAACUCAAGGCCAACAACUGGCAGCUGCCGGAGAAGGAAGAGAAGAAGCCUGCACCCCCCGUUGUGCCAAAGAAGACAUCCAAGCCCAAGCUGAGCCCUGGGAAGGACCGGAGCAUAGAUUCGGUGGUGGACAAGCAGCGGCAGGAGGCCAGGAAACGCCUGAUGGCGGCCAAACGUGCGGCGUCCGUACGACAGAACUCUGCCACGGAAAGCUCAGACAGCAUUGAGAUCUACGUCCCCGAGGCCCAGACACGCCUCUGAGAACGGACCACCAUUGGCACCCUGCUCCCCCCACAUUAAGGAACAGCCACAUACACACACACACUAGUGAACACACACACACCUUGCUCCCCAUGAAGGAACAGCCUCAAACACAGUAGAGAAACACCCAGAGGCGCAGAGGUUGGUCCCCUAAUUGCAGCGCAGCGUCCGAUAGGACGAGAGCACAGGACCGCAAAAAAUGCAGAACAAUGCAAAACUUUUUCCUUCCUGGCUGCCAUGGAGACAGAGACCUGAACAGACAUUUAGUACUAUUGUUAUUAAUAUUAUAUUAAAUAUUGUUUUCUCCUAAAAUAUAUCAAGAAGAAUCUUGGAUAAAAGGACAUUCUUGUUCCUUGUGAGCUUAAGAAUCUUGGUAUCCCAGAAGUUUACUCUCUUCUCACCCCCUCACUGCUUCUGAGUCUGCGAGCUGGGCUGGGCUCUCUCGUUUACGAGCUACGGACCACCACACUCAGGAUACACACAGGUGUACUCACUCACGGUCCACACACACAGUCUUCCUCUUCUCACUUUGUAUUAGGCUGCCACUGCAUUGGUUGUGGACGGUAAGCUUUACUGUGUAUGGAAUCAAAUCUAUAUGAGAUGAUGGGGUUGUCGUGUACAGAGUUAGAACACAGUCAGAAGACCAGAGGAAGACCGUAGCAUUAGAUCUAUCUCACACUCUGGCUAUUAGUAGGAUGGGUCUUUUUUUAAAUGUUCUUUACCAGAUUGUUUGUUAGACAAGGUCCAGUGUUCAGUACUAAGUUAUUUUUUUAUAGAACAGGUACAUGUACUGUCAUGAUGAUAUUUGCACAUGAUGCAAUCAUUAACUCUCACUCAUAAACACACACUGUGCUGUCUGUCAGCGUCUGUGCAGACUCAUGUUUUGUCUUGUAUGCCCUUUUAGGGAAGAAGAGAGAUUACUAUGGCCAGUUGAUGUGUGCUACAGUAGGAAUGUAAAAUGCAACGAAAAUAACUUGAUGACUGCACCUUCCACUCCAACUGUUUACCCCAGAUCAAGUCAGCACCCUUCUGUUUCCCUGUUUAUUCUGGCUACUUUUUUGGUGCAGGGGACCAUGUGUAUCUCUAUUUAUUACAUUCCCAGUUUCACACUCAACCUCCUUUACAGGGACUCCCAAGCAGCAUUGCUUCAAUUUGAAUCAGAAAGGGGAAUUGACUAUAAGCUCCCUGUCUUCCCUGAUUACAAAGACUGAUUUAUUUUCACCUGCAUAAGCCAGAGCUCUGCAAAUGGUCUCGGGAGACAACUAGUAUAAGUAAAAUUGGACAUUUGAGAUGGCAACGUAAAAAUGAUUCUGAUGUCCAGUCAAAAAAAAACAACCCCUAGCUUCUAAACGUUCCGUUUUUUUUUUCACAUCUGAAGCGAUAGGUAAUAGCCAAACGAUAUGUAAUGAGUGUACCUAGUCAUGCAAUUCACGAUACUGCUUCCUCCAGUCUAAUUCUUAGACUAGGGGUUGUUUUCUGACUGGGCUGAGUUUUCUCAGGGUGAGCACUCAGUCACUUAACACACCAACAGUCAAACCAACAGCACUUUGGUCAUCAUACCCCAUUAAUAACCACCACUUGAUUGGUCAAAGCCUUAACUCAAACUGUCUGAAAUGAAUAAUGAUCCAAAAGAAUGAAUACAUACCAUACAUUAUAAAUAAAUGUAUUUGCGUAAGUAUCACCCAUCUGUGCAUUCAAAAGGUCCGAAUCAAAGUAUUGGUGUCUGGUCAAGUACUAUUCCUGUUUUGUUGACGUGUUUCAGACUAUGCUCCAGCUGAAUUAUUGUAGUCAUAUUAGUGUCUGGCAGCUUGACCUUUCAUUCCUUUAUACAGAAAAAUGCACAUUGAGGAGAUUCAGGGACUAGGGUACAUUAUUUUUAAGCAUUUUAUUUUGUAUGAGACAUUUCAUGUGACCUGUUUUGAAUUUGUUUGACCUGUGCUACAAUGGUUAUUGGUAUUUUUCUGGGUUUGGAGAGUUGAUGGUGCUGCACAGGAUUGACCAUUGUACUGAGAUGGUGUGGAAUUAAAUGCCUUUUCAAGAGAAACAUUUCACCAUCACUGAAACAGGCUUAUUCCCACUAUCGCAGGACUAUAACAUGCAUGUAAAUGAGCUUUCAGCUUUGCAUUUCUCGUAACAUGAAAGUUAAUUUUCGCAAAUGAAUCUUAACGUUCCACUCAUUCUCUGAAUUCCAAAUCAAGCCCCUAGCCAAGGCACUUCUGUAGAUCUGAAACUAUAGGACAGGUUGUAGGCCGUCAUUGUAAAUAAGAAUUUGUUCUUAGCUGACUUGCCUAGUUAAAUAAAGCACUAUGGUGCAAGAAAUUCCACCCAGUCUAACCGAAGCAAAUAACCUCUGAUCAAAGGUAAUGUGACGUUAUGCAUACACCUAUGUGAGGGAUUGAUUUGGAAUUUAGAAAUGGAUCAUCUGCAAUUUCAGGAUCUCAGUACUACUUGUCCCCUUGAAGAGCUGGCUCUCCCCCCUAAAUGGUCAACACCUUUGUCACAUGGCUGCUCCCAAUGUGCUGAUCUGAUCCACAGUCAGUUUUGUAUUUUUAUCUCAUAAUGUCAAAAAAUAGAGAGAAUUAGAAGAACUGGGAAAGCAGCUGAUGCAGUACCAGGACGUUAAUUAUUUUGUUUAUUUGUAAUACAUCAACUACAGACAUGUACAUUUCAUUGUCCAAAGAAAUCAUUAAACAUCCCUUUGUUACAGUA